AAGUGGUUGUUUUGCAACAACUGCUUACGGGCGUCCAAGCGUUAUAAUAUAACCUCAUUCCUUUGAUCAUAUGGUUUGAUUUUGUUGUGAAACAUGGCAAAUGCUGACCUUGUCCGAGUAGGAAAGAAUUUAUUAAAGAGCGCUGACACUGGAGAGAAUGUGGAGCUCCAGUCUCUGUGGCAGGACCAGCCGGUGGUGGUGUUCUUCCUGCGUAGGUUCGGCUGCCAGGUGUGUCGCUGGAUGGCGGCUGAGAUCAGCAAGCUGGAGCCAGACCUGAGAGCCAGCGGUGUGGCACUGGUGGGUGUCGGACCCGAGGAGUUUGGCCUCCAGGAGUUCAAGGAUUUAGGAUUCUUUAAAGGAUCAAUUUAUGUUGAUGAGCAGAAGAAAUGCUAUACAGAUUUUGGCUUCAAAAGGUACACUGCUCUGAGUAUAGUUCCUGCCGCACUGGGGAAGAAAGUACGAGACGUAGCUGCAAAGGCCAGUGCUGACGGCAUCAAGGGAAACUUCUCAGGUGACCUACUCCAGAGUGGAGGCAUGAUCAUCGUAGCCAAAGGUGGUGACAAGGUCUUGCUCCACUUCGUUCAAGACUCCCCAGGAGACUAUGUACCAUUGGAGGAUAUUGCUAAAGCUUUAUCUAUCUCAUCUCAAGUGAAAGAGGGUCAGAGGCCAGUGUGCAAUGACGAUGUUUGCACUCGGUGAGGACGUCGCCCAUUCAAGCCUGAUUGUAAUGUACACAAAUGAUUCUAAUACCUUGAUCAUGAUGAAUGUGGAUUGUUUUAUAUGACCAUUCCAUUGUCUUUAUCAUUAAUGUUAAUGAUGUGUAAUUCACAGGUUCUAUGGAAUUACUAAUAAGAUGCUAAUAAAUGAAUGUCAUAGUUG